ACAGCCCUCAAUAUAUAUUUUCUUCACUCACAGAAAAACAUGGGCAGCCUCUCAGUCCCAAAAUUUAACCCCUUGAACCUAGACUUUUUUUCCAGUGAAUCAAACAAAGUGAUCGAGUUCAUCACAGCUUACUACAAGAAUGUCGAAAAAUACCCGGUUCGAAGCCAAGUUGAACCUGGUUUUCUCCUCAAUAUGUAUCCGAAAGAAGCUCCCUCUCAGCCAAUUUCACUUGAUACCAUUCUCCAGGAGCUCCAAGCUGACAUUAUUCCAGGCAUCACCCACUGGCAAAGCCCCAACUUUUACGCUUACUUCCCCACAACGACAAGUAAUGCUGCUUUUCAGGGAGAGAUGCUUUGCAAUGCUCUCAACGUCGCCGGAUUCAACUGGAUAUGUUCUCCAGCAGCCACGGAGCUUGAAAUGAUUGUCAUGGAUUGGCUAGGCAAAAUGCUUAGCCUCCCUCAGUCAUUUCUUUUCGCGGGGAACGGUGGUGGAGUUUUACAAGGAAGUACUUCUGAAGCACUAAUAUGUGUACUUUCUGCUGCAAGAGACAGAGCUUUGAAACAACAUGGUGAGGAUAGUAUAACAAAGCUGGUUGUCUAUGCCUCUGAUCAAACACAUUUCGUUGUCAAAAAGGCAGCUAAAUUAGUUGGAAUUCCUACUAAAAAUUUUCGUGUCAUACCAACAUCACUAGCUACUUGCUUUGCACUAAAACCAUAUGAUGUUAAGAUGGCUAUUGAACGUGACUUAAAGUCCGGUUUAGUCCCAUUGUUUGUUUGUGCAACGGUUGGAGCCACGCCUUCUGGCUCCGUAGACCCUGUGGAGGGACUUGUUUUGUUGGCCAAAAAAUAUGGCUUGUGGCUUCAUAUUGAAGCUGCGUAUGCUGGAAGUGCUUUCAUUUGUCCUGAGCUUACGCGUUAUCUUAAAGGCAUAGAGCAUGCUCAUUCUAUUAGCAUGAAUCUCCACAAAUGGUUAUUAACAAACAUGGACUGUAGUUGCCUCUGGGUGAAAAGUCCAGAUGUAUUGUUGGAGUCUUUGUCCAUGACUGACGAGAUUCUGAGAAAUGAGGCUAGUGAAUCUAAGAAGGUUGUGGACUUCAUGGACUGGCAGAUCGCCACAAGCAAGCGAUUCAGGGCUCUGAAGCUGUGGUUUGUGCUGCGUCGAUAUGGUGUGGAUAAUCUGAUGACACAUAUCAGAAGUGACAUUGAAUUGGCCAAGCAUUUUGAGGCAUUGGUUAAUUCAGACAAGAGGUUUGAGGUGGUGGUGCCUGUCAAUUUUUCGCUUGUGUGCUUUCGACUAAAACCGAAUGAGGAAGGAGAGGAGAACUUGAAGAUCUUGAACUGGAAAUUGAUGGAGGCAGUGAAUUCAAGUGGAAGAGCUUACAUGACUCAUGCUGUGUUGGGUGAUAUAUUUGUGAUACGCUGUGCCAUUGGGACUUCGUUAACUGAGAAGAGGCAUGUUAAUGAAUUGUGGAAAUUGAUUCUCGAGAAAACUGAGGUCAUCUUGAAGCGAGACCAGUGAUAGGAGAUUCAGCUAGCUAGUAGAUAUAAAUCGAGCCACAUGAAAUAUGAAAUGGCCCAGUUUGGUGGACCUAAAAUAAUGACUUAUUAUUAGAAGGAAUUUAAUAAUG